AGCAGAAGGAGUCUAGGCUCAGAACAGAGAGAGACUGAGAGAAAAAAAACAGGAGAAGAGUGAGACGCGGAGACAAAGCUGCUUGGUAUAUGCUUGUUACUGUCUAAUAAUACUGAUACCUUCUAACUCAUUCCAUGGACAAUUUACUGACUUCAUUUGUAUGAAAAUGAUUCUAGUCCUGGGAUCUCCAGCAUGACAGGAGCUCAUGAAUUCCUGCUCCCAUGAACAUGUAAAAUUUACCAGCUGCAUCCUUUCCUGAAGAUUCACUGUCUCCAUACCUGAAACACUUUUUGAGCUUGCAGUUGAAACCUCAAUUCCAACUAAACAGGUAUAGAAUUGUUUCCAGUAUUACCAAGCUGUCACUGCAAGCCCUGUGGAUGAAAAAUAGCAUUAGCAUGGAUCUGCAGAAGAACAAUAAAGUAAGACUAGUCAUUAGGGAAAAAAGGCAAGAUUACCAAGAUCCAAGUGAGAGGAAAAGGUGAGAGAGUCUUCUAUUUACUUGUGAUCACCAAUACCACUCUACUAAAAUUCAACUCAAAGGAAAAAUUGCUUCCUUCUCUGGCACUACAAACCUGAAGACUCAGGCUAAUACAGUUUAAUGAGGGCGGGCAAAAUGUACGGCUGUUGUAACCUCUGGUAAAGCUUCCAGAAAACAUACUUCAAGUUUAUUACUGUCCUUCCAUGAUGUAAAUACAGCUUGCAAUUUCCCCUAAUGGGCAGUUAAACCAUGAACUUUAAAAGAACUCUUUGGACUGGCCUCCUAAUUUGGAAUUAGUACUGCCUGCAUUGAGCCGUGAGGGGAUUUGCUAUACCAAGGUACAGGGAACUUUGAAAGCACAUUCCCUACCAUGAGAAUUGCGACCACAUCCUGCCUCUGUCCUUUUCUGGUCUGCCUCUGCUUUGUUCAGAGGUGCUACGGGACAUCUCAUCACAGUUCAAUAAAAGUGACAAAAAAUCAAACCAAACAUAUAGAAGGAGAGACAGAGGUGCACCAUCGGCCAAAACGUGGCUGGGUUUGGAACCAGUUCUUUGUUUUAGAAGAGCACAUAGGACCGGACCCUCAAUAUGUUGGAAAGCUGCACUCCAACUCAGAUAAAGGAGAUGGAUCAGUCAGCUACAUUCUCACUGGUGAAGGGGCUGGCACUAUAUUUAUUAUUAAUGAGAUCACAGGGGACAUCCAUGCAACGAAAAGUCUGGAUCGGGAAAAGAAGACACACUAUGUAUUGCAUGCGCAAGCCAUUGAUCGACGGACAAACAAGCCUCUGGAGCCUGAAUCUGAGUUUAUUAUUAAAGUUCAAGACAUCAAUGACAACGCACCAAAAUUUCCCGAUGGUCCAUUUAUUGCAUCUGUACCAGAAAUGUCCGAAGUUGGUACAUCUGUUCUCCAGGUGACUGCAACUGAUGCAGAUGAUCCCACAUAUGGAAAUAGUGCUAGAGUAGUGUACAGUAUUCUCCAAGGACAGCCUUAUUUCUCUGUUGAUCCCAAAACUGGUGUAAUCAGGACUGCCUUAUCCAACAUGGACCGAGAAGCCAGAGAGCAGUAUUCCGUUGUCAUUCAAGCCAAAGAUAUGGCAGGACAGGUUGGAGGGCUUUCAGGAUCAACCACUAUAAAUAUCACACUAACAGAUGUCAAUGACAACCCACCUAAAUUUCCCCAGAAAAAUUACCAGCUGUAUGUUCCAGAAUCUGCUCAAGUUGGAAAAGCAGUUGGUAAAAUCAAGGCAAAUGAUGAUGAUAUCGGAAUUAAUGCAGAAAUAAAGUACAGCAUCACAAAUGGAGAUGGGGUUUCAGUGUUUGCCAUUUCCACUGACAAAGAUACAAGAGAAGGCAUCAUUUCACUGAAAAGGCAACUGAAUUAUGAAAAAAAGAAAAGCUAUACUCUUCACAUAGAAGGAGCAAAUACUCACCUUGAUCCUCGAUUUUUACACCUUGGGCCAUUCAAAGACACAACAACCCUGAAGAUCAUUAUUGGAGAUGUGGAUGAACCACCUGCAUUCUCAAUUGAUUCUUACGUGAUGAAUGUUUCUGAAAAUGCAAGGAUCGGUACUGAGGUGGGAACAGUGACAGCACAGGACCCUGACAGUGCCAGCAGUGCAAUCAGGUAUUUCAUUGACCGCAGCUUACAUGGAGAUAAGUAUUUCAAUAUUGACGCCAAUACUGGAGCCAUUAAGACUGCAAAAAAACUUGACAGGGAAGAAAUGCCUUGGCAUAAUAUCUCAGUGAUUGCCUCAGAGGUUGACAACCCCAGUCUCCUCAGUCAUGUUUCUGUAAUGGUUCAGGUUUUAGAUGUGAAUGACAACCCGCCUGAGCUUGCCAGUGAUGGGGAUGUAGUUGUUUGUGAGAAUUCAAGACCUGGGCAGGUGAUUCAGACAAUACGUGCUGUAGACAAAGAUGAUUUUGCCAAUGGACCCCGAUUCCACUUCUCUCUAACAACUGAUCUUCCAAGUAACCCAAACUUCACACUGAAGGACAAUGAAGAUAACACAGCUAGCAUUUUUGCCAGAAGACGGAAAUUUAGCCGAACAACACAAGAUUUGUAUCAUCUGCCAAUUGUGAUCUCCGAUGGGGGUGAACCUAAUCUCAGUAGCACGAGUACCCUCACUCUGCGGGUGUGUGCAUGUGAACACAAUGGGAAAGUAAGAACAUGCCAUGCAGAAGCAUUCCUUUCAUCAGCAGGUCUUAGCACUGGAGCCCUUAUUGCCAUACUGCUUUGCGUCAUUAUUCUACUUGCAAUUGUUGUACUUUUUAUCACUCUCAGAAGAAGCAAGAAAGAGCCACUUAUUAUAUCUGAGGAGGAUGUUAGAGAGAAUGUCGUUACAUAUGAUGACGAGGGAGGGGGAGAGGAAGACACUGAAGCUUUUGACAUCAUAGCAUUAAGGAACCCAGCAGCUGCAGAAGAACUGAAAUUCCGCAGAGAUGUCAGGCCAGAGGUACAAAGGGUUCCAAGGCAGAGCCCACCUUCAGUCCUGGAUAAUGUGGAUGUACAGGAAUUUAUUAAACAAAGACUGAUCGAAGCUGACCUUGACACUAGUGUUCCUCCUUAUGAUUCUCUCCAGACCUAUGCAUACGAAGGGCAUGGAUCACCCGCUGGAUCAAUCAGCUCUCUUGAUUCAGCAACCACACACUCAGAGCAAGAUUAUACUUAUCUUUGUGACUGGGGACCAGAAUUCCAGAAACUGGCAGAACUCUAUGGAGAGUCAGAUCGAACCACCUAGCUUGUGCUAUUGUAAACAAAACCCGUCAGCUAAAUAAUAAAAAAGCUUUUGAACUGUACUAUUUGUUCACGUUUACUAGAGAAUCCAGUGCCCUUUUUAUUUUCAAACGUGGGUUUUACAUGUGCAAGAACAAUGCCUGAUUUUGAACAAUACAGAAUAACAGGAUUUUUUCCCCUGGUGUAUAUUUUUUAUUGCUAAAUAAAGUCCAUAGUUCCAGA